GUGUCCAAGUCUCCAUCUCCAGGGACUCACAGUCACAGAACCUCCGCAGUCCGCAAUGCUUGCCGGGGGAUCAUAAGAUUCCGGCCAUAUAUUCGUACCAUUUUUCCUUAUGAAGCCAUUGUUCUUUGCAUUCCUCUUCCUUCUCUUGUCCGCUCAUGUCGGUGCGCAAAACGGGACACGAGCGGAGGGCUCAUCCCCACCCGAUGCCGUCACGGCGUUCCGCCCAAGCCUCGCCGUCGUCAUCGCCAUCCUCUGCAUCAUGUUCUCUCUCACAUUUCUUCUUCUUGUCUACGCUAAGUUCUGUCACGUUCCCGCUUUCGGUCCAUUUAACCCUGGAGGAGAUAACGAGGACGAACUCGACCACCGCCAGCAUCGGGGUCUAUUCCGAACAAGGUCACGGCUAUCCGGAAUCGAUAGAACCGUAAUCGACUCGCUUCCCUUCUUCAGAUUCUCAUCCCUCAGGGGGUCCCGGGAAGGCCUCGAAUGCGUCGUCUGUCUAUCGAAAUUCGAAGACACCGAGAUCCUCCGGUUGCUUCCCAAGUGUAAGCAUGCAUUUCAUAUCGACUGUGUUGACAAAUGGCUUGAGAACCACUCCAGUUGUCCUCUUUGUAGAUACAAGGUUGAUCCCGAGGACCUCUCCACUUUUACGUACUCUAAUAGCUUAAGAUACUUGGGCAAUCCUUCGGACCUGGGGGAGGACUCCACUGUCGAACUCUUCGUCUGCAGAGAGCAAGACAAUCAAGGGUCUUCCAGGUUCAGUAUCGGAAGCAGUUUCAGAAAGAUUGACAAGGAUGAUGAGUUGCCGUUGCAAGUACAACAAAGUAACGAAGAUAGUGGUGGUGGUGGUGAAGAUGAUCAGCAGAAGCUAUUGCAUAAAUUCAAGCACAAGAUCAUCGUCUCCGACGUUGUUCUCAAGAACAGAUGGAGUGAUGUCAGUUCCUCCGACCUUAUGUUCUUGAACUCGGAGAUGCUUAGCGUCUUGUCCAGCAACAGAUUCUCUUCUUCGGCUUCGAAUAGCCAGCGGUUCACGGCGGUACAGCCAAUCACAUUAAAUUUUGAUGAUGGGUCUUCUAAAAGCGAGCAAAUUAUUAUCAAGAUUAAGGAGGAGAUUGAGAGGAAAAGAUCGUUCGAAAGCAAGAUUGGUAGUAUCAAUAGAAGCUAUUCAAUUUCCGAUGCAUCAGACCUUCCUUAUAUUUCGAAUCCCGAAGCCAAUAUUAGUAGUACUUCGAGGUUCUUGAAUCAAUCUACUGCCGGGAAAAGAUCGAUGUCCGAAAUUGUAAAGGUUUCCAGGUUUGCAGAAUCCAGCGCAAAUAAUAGAAUCAAAGUGGGAAAUAAUGCAAAAGAGGAGCGGAGAAGGCGUCUUUGGCUACCCAUAGCGAGACGGACAGUGCAGUGGUUUGCCGGGAGAGAGAAGAGGUUGCAACAACAACAGUCUCAGAACAACACGAGACAAUCUUCUAAUGUAUAGACUAGAGCUAGACUGGAUUUUCUAAUAAUUAAAGCAGCAGUGUGCUUGGAAGUUCCUUUGAUGCUGCAAUGGUGAUUUUUACACUUGACAGACAUGGUGACCCGGCGGAAUUCAGGUUGGGGAGAAAAAACCCAGUUUGAUUGAUGUGAGUAGCGAUUGUCAAAUACAUAAAUUUAGAGUAUAUGUUUUCAUUUAAUUUUAUUCAUUCUUUUUUUCAUUAUCUCGAAUUAAUGAAUAACAUGGAUGCUUGAUUACAGUUAAGCAGUGAUAGAUGAAUGAAGGUAGUUAAAAUGAUAAACUUGUACGUAAUUGGGGUUGUUUCUAAAUUCUAAUUAUAGAGAUGAGUUUAAUUACAGUUA